ACGAUGACGUAUAAUAAAUAUAAUUUGUCGAAAGAUGCUCCUCUGACAGAAGACGACGAUGAAGAUGAAGAAUAUUGGAACAGUUCAUCGUUCAGUUCGAGACUCAGUAGACAAAAUGCCACGAGCGAAAUGAAAGCAAAAUCGGAUCAAACUGAAAGUUUGGAAGACACUCGCAAGAAAUUGCUGGGCAGUGGCUCAGUGAAUGGUCAUUGCAACAGGGUCUACCCUCAUGCUCAAACAGAAAAUAAUUACAGCGAGAGAAUUAUGUCAUCAAAUUCAGUCACUGGCAAACAAAGCUACGAGCAAAUUCAGGCUCAGAUACUUGCCUCACAGCAGAGAUCAGUGGCUAGCUCUGAGAGGACAGUUCAGAUGAUGCAACAAUCAGAAACGAUUGGAGUUGAAACUGCAAAUGAGCUGGUUAGGCAGGGUGAACAGCUGGAACGCGUCGAAAGUGGUUUGGACACGAUAAACAAAGAACUGAAUACGAGUAAGCGGUAUAUCACUUCAAUGAAAAGCUGGUUUGCGCCUGUGAAAAACUACUUCUCCCCUGAUACCGACCCUGCCUAUCAAUCCAGUGGUAAAAGUAGCACAAGUGCUUCCAGAGACCAUAUCAGCCAAUCAAAAAGCUCCAAUUUCUCCAGCCAAUCAGACAGCUCAUCGGGUCAGCAGCAGCUGCAGCAAAAAGAUUUCAGACUGUUCAGUGACGCAGAAACGAAACACUGGAGCAGUGCACAGAAGCAAAAUGAGGAAAAAUGCAAUGAGAACCUCCAGCAAAUAAGUGGUGGGUUAGACAGGCUCAAACUCCUCGCGAAAGGCAUGGGGAGUGAAUUGGACAGACAGAAUGAACAACUUGACAGACUCAACUACAAGACUGAGGGAAACACGAUCAAGAUGAAAAACCAGAACAACGAACUCAACUCCCUACUCAAAUAGAAGACUCACAAUCUGGCGAUAGAGGCUGAAUCUUAAAUAUCAAUUAUAUUCCGAUAACUUAUACGAAUUUUUAAACGGCUUUUUUUGUAGUUUUAUUUAUUUAGUUAAAAUUGAGUAU